ACAAAGGAAGAAAAGAAAACAUGGCAACAUGCUAUGCUACAGUUAAAUAUUGUUUUUGAAAAAUCAUUCAAAGUCGGGAACUUUCUCUGCUUUCCAUCAUUUGUUUGGUUUUUAGCUACUAAUUUCCUUCGUCUGUGUAAGCAGAGCCGCCAUUAGAAGUUUAAUGGAUCUGCCGGCGGUGAGUUUUGCCACCAUCUUUCUUUUACUUGUUUUACCAGACGCCGCCUGCCUCGCCCAGAAGUUGGAGACAUCAGACCACGAGUUCGGUCCAUUCAACAGCUCAUACUACACCACCUUUGCAGUCUUAACGCCUGCUACAAUCAGCAAUAAUGCACUUCAGGUCACUCCUGAUUCUGCCGGUAACUUCACCCUUGCUAACAGGUCUGGCCGAGUCUUCUUCAAUCAGUCUUUCACGCUUUGGGAAGGACAAGGCGAAGCUGCAAGGGUCGCUUCCUUUAACACUUCCUUCCUCAUGAAUAUCUUUCGUGUUAACACCUCCUCUGUCCCUGGAGAGGGCUUAGCUUUCCUGAUAGCCCCCGAGAUUGAGCUCCCUCCCAACAGCAAUGGACAGUAUCUAGGUUUGACCAACUCCACCACCGAUGGCGAUUCCUCCAAUGGCAUCGUCGCCAUCGAGCUUGACACCUUCAGGCAGGAGUUCGACCCGGAUGACAACCACAUGGGUCUCGACAUCCAUAGUGUUCGCUCCAUCAAAGCGGUACCGCUUUCUGACUUUGGCAUUCAGAUCGCUCCGGUGGGCGCAAAAAUUUACAUGGUCUGGAUUAAUUACGAUGGUGCCAAGAAGGAAAUAAACGUUUACAUGGCAGAGCAAGGAACGCCGAAACCCGCUAGGGCGGUGCUGAAUGCGAAUCUCGACCUCAAAGACCACGUCAAUCAGACAUCUUACUUUGGCUUUGCUGCAUCCACAGGAAGCUCCUACGAGCUCAACUGCGUGCUUGCCUCCUACGAGCUCAACUGCGUGCUUGGCUGGAAUUUGACAGUUGAGCUGCUGCCCUCUGCUAAUGAUAAUAAUGGCAAAAGUAAUGGCAGUAAUAAAAAGGUAAUUGGAAUCUCUGUAGGAGUUGGGGUGGGUGUAUUGGUACUAUUAAUGAUAGGGGCGGGUGGGUUGAUUUAUUAUCUGAGAGAGAAGAAGGCGGCUUUGGAUCCCAUCAUAUUAGGAGCACUGAAGAGUCUGCCAGGAAUGCCGAGGGAAUUCCGGUUUAGGGAUCUAAAGAAGGCGACCAACAAUUUCGAUGAGAAGAAUAAACUUAGUCAAGGUGGAUUUGGAAUGGUGUACAAAGGAGUUCUGCCUAAUGAGAAUGUUCCAGUGGCUGUCAAAAAGUUCUCCAGAGGCAAUCUUCAGAGUCAAGAUUAUUUCUUGGCUGAGCUUACCAUCAUUAAUCGUCUGCGCCAUAAACAUUUGGUCCGAUUACUAGGAUGGUGCCACAAGAAUGGAGUGCUGCUUCUGGUCUAUGAUUACAUGCCAAAUGGGAGCUUGGAUAAACACCUAUUCAAUGGACCCGAAGAAAAAACUACUCUAGAGUGGAAAAUCAGGUACAAUAUCAUAGCUGGGCUGGCAUCUGCACUGCACUAUCUCCAUAACGAGUAUGACCAGAAAGUGGUGCAUCGAGACCUCAAAGCCAGCAACAUCAUGCUCGAUUCUAACUUUAAUGCUCGCCUUGGCGAUUUUGGGCUGGCUCGUGCCUUGGAAAAUGAGAAGACUUCGUAUGCAGAGCUAGAGGGAGUACCUGGAACUAUGGGCUAUAUUGCCCCUGAAUGCUUUCAUACUGGCAAGGCCACCCGUGAGUCUGAUGUCUAUGGUUUUGGUGCUGUGGUUCUUGAGGUGGUAUGCGGGCAGCGUCCUUGGACCAAAAUUGCCGGCUUCCAGUUCUUGGUGGACUGGGUAUGGUGGCUGAAUCGGGAAGGGCGCAUACUGGAGGCGGUUGACGAGAGUUUGGGCAAUGACUACAAUGUUGAGGAAGCCGAAAGGCUCCUGCUGCUUGGGUUGGCAUGUUCCCAUCCUAUUGCAAGCGAGAGACCGAAAACACAAGCCAUCUUUCAGAUAGUAUCAGGAUCAGUGGCAGUUCCUCAUGUCCCGCCUUUCAAGCCGGCUUUUGUUUGGCCUUCUGCAGCUGGACCAGAUUCCAGCAGUAGCACCAACUUGGAUGUUACAGCUGAUACUACGAACAUUACAUCUGGUUGGACCCCUCAAUGUGUCAGCCCUCAAAGCUAUGCCGAGGGACUCACAGACAGUUCUUUUGUCUAGCCAAAUCAAUUCCUUCCUUUCCAUUUAUUCCUAAUUUGUUUUAUCUUUAUCUAAUUCUUUGGUAAGAAGAGGACAUGGUCUGACAUUUCCGUCCUAGCUUGCUAUACGGUUCCUUUUUAAGAUUUUAUGGAUUGUUGGAGGUGGUUUGUGCAAGUGUACAUUUGGAUCAAGAGAAUUGUAUACAUUUUUUGGGUUUCGUAA